AUGACCAGUGGACAGUUAGAUAUUAAUGGUUGGCCCAUUUGGUAUGAAAAGUUUGGUACUGGAUCUGAGAUUAUGCUGUUUUUGCCCGGUGCCAUAGGAACCGGUAGAAGUGAUUUUUUGCCACAAUUGGAGGGCGCCCACUCAUUUGACCAUCGUCAAUAUACAAUAAUAGCUAUGGAACUGCCCGGUUGGGGCAGGUCGCGACCACCCGAGCGACCGUACGGUCAAAAUGUUUACAUCAACGAUGCCGAUGUGGCCGCCAAACUGAUGGAGACAUUAGGCUAUAAAAACUACAUAGUAUUUUGCUUCAGUGAUGGCGGCAAAGUUGGCCUAACAAUGUCCAUAAGAUACCCGAGCCGUAUAAAGGGAUUAGUUUUGAUAUCAAUAUUUACGAUAAUAUCACCGAAAACGGUAGCUCCGACACUGGCUACGGCCAACACAAGUAAGUGGCCGCAGGAAAUACUGGACAAUUAUCUGCCAGUCUAUGGCAAUGAGGAUAAUAUACAGAAAAUGUGGGACGGGUAUAUCAACUUUUGUAAAUUUAUGUUCAAAUCAUUUCCCAAUGGUUACGUAAAUAGCAAACUGGAAACCAUUAGAUGUCCUGUAUUUGUAUUUCACGGUGAUCUGGAUCCACUUGUUUGUGUAGAUCACCCGAUACUAGUGGAAAAACUUGUGCCGUACUGUCAAUUGCAUCGUUUCCCGAAAGGUGGUCACAAUUGUCAUCAUAGAUAUCCGGCUGAUGUCAAGCGAUUGACCGAACAGUUUAUUAGAGAGUGUAAUGAUUUUCGUUGA